AGGGCGUGGAUUGUUCCAACAACACCUGCAUACCGAAGUACCUAUCUCAUUCCUUCCUCGCCUUCUUCUUCUCCCCCUCCUUCGCCAUUGUGACAGCCGCGCGCAAUUUUGGCCUUUGCUUCACCUUCUCACCUCAUAUCAUAACUACCACAACCCAGCCCCGGGACACACAACACAAUGUCUUCUGUGCGGUGCCUCUCAAGAGGCCUUUCCUUUGCAAGCCCUGCUUUCCGGACCAGGUCUCUUUUAGUAUGAGAGCUUUAUUUGCUUUUUCCUCCCACCAGAGAGAGGGCAGAGGAAAGAUUUUCUUAAGCUGACAUUAAGUAUAAACUAGAUUCAAGGUAAUAGACUCUACUCUACCAACAAGGUCGCUCAGUUCAAGGGAGCCAAGAAUCAAAAUGUUUGCCUAUUCCAUUCCAUGUCUCUGAAAGAAAGAAGAAAAAAUCAGGUCUCACCGACUGUUGAGUUAUUUUCUGGUUGGGGUGACCUGAACCUGUCACCUCUCCAGAAUGAUAACGGGAUCUGCUCCGCUCGGUUCGUAUAGAAAAAAUUCACAAUGUUGACUGUUUUCACUGGAAUAGGGAAACUAUACUGUAACGUUUAUUGAGGGAGACGGUAUUGGGCCUGAAAUUUCCAAGAGUGUUAAGGAUAUAUUUGCUGCAGCCAAGGUGCGUAUCAUAGAGUGCCUCCAAAAACGUUUUAGGAUGGCUUCAGAAUGUUCCGCCGAGUGAAACUUUCAAGAUGUUUCCACGGGCUUUGUGACGCAAGCGGCUAACGUUUGCACAGACCCCUAUUGAAUGGGAAUCUGUCGAUGUCACCCCAAUUCUCAAGGACGGAAAAACCACGAUCCCCGACGCCGCAAUUAACUCUGUGAAGAAGAACUUGGUUGCCCUUAAGGGACCUCUCGCUGUAGGUUCUCUUUUCCUAUUUCUCUUUAGCAUGCAUUAACUGUUAUACCUGCAGACUCCUAUCGGUAAAGGGCACGUCUCCUUGAACCUUACUCUUCGCCGCACAUUCAACCUUUUCGCCAACGUGCGUCCUUGUCGCUCGAUUGCCGGUUAUAAGACCGCCUACGACGAUGUCGACACUAUAUUGAUUCGUGAGAACACCGAGGGGGAAUACUCGGGUAUUGAGCAUGAAGUUGUCGAGGGCGUGGUUCAAUCUAUUAAAUUGAUCACGCGCGAGGCGUCAGAGAGGGUACUGAGAUUCGCAUUCCAGCAUGCCGAGGCAAUCGGACAAAAGGAGGUCCGCGCUGUCCACAAGGCGACAAUUAUGAAGAUGUCCGAUGGACUCUUUUUGAGCACUGCUAGAGAGGUCGCAAAGGACUUCCCUCACAUCGAGUUCUCGGCCGAACUAUUGGACAAUGUCUGCUUGAAGGCACGUACUGUUCUCCAACCUUCCCUUGGGUAUACUAACCAUUUCGGUAGAUGACUACUAACCCCAAUAUCUAUCGAGAUAUCCUUCUGGUUAUGCCCAAUCUCUAUGGUGAUAUUCUUUCCGACAUGUGUGCCGGGUUGAUAGGCGGUCUCGGACUCACCCCUUCCGGUAAUAUUGGGGACGAGUGCUCGAUCUUCGAAGCCGUGCACGGCUCUGCUCCUGACAUCGCUGGCAUGGAUCUCGCCAACCCCACUGCUCUCUUAUUGAGUUCUGUGAUGAUGCUACAACACAUGGGCUUAAACAGCCAUGCCAGCAAGAUACAGAAGGCGAUCUUUGACACGCUGGCCGAGGGCCGGGCAUUGACGAAGGAUUUGGGUGGUAGUGCCACCAGAUCUCAGUUUACCGAGGCGGUGGUCGCAAAGCUAUAAGGGUUAUAAGGGUGUGUGUUAUAAUCUUGUUUCUUUUGUUACGAGGGAGGUAUGGGAGAUAGCAGAAGGGAUCUUAUAGAUGUAGUGUUUAUAUCCUCCAAAUUUUUUGUCUUCUUUG